UAAAGCGAUCCACCCACGCUUCUCCAGCCCACUCCUCUCUUUAUUUGAGGCGCUCCUCUGCUCCAGCCUUCAGAGCAGCAGGCGCCCAGUCAGCGCAGCUCUCUCCUGUCGGGAACGGGAGCUGGUGCUUUACAUUUUGUUGGAUUUACUCUCAUCUCGCCAAGAUGAGACUUGUUUUUGUUGUUGCUGCGGUUGCGGCUCUUCUGACAGAAAAUCUAGCGCUUCCAGUGGGAAAAGAAGGGCAGAGAGAAGAUGUGGUGACGAGAUGUUUGGUUGAAGUCCUGUCCAAAGCUCUCAGCAAACCGGACUCUCAGCUGGAUCAGGAAUGCAAAGACAUUCUCCAAGCAGGGGUUAAACAUGCCCCACUGGACAAGAAGAGUGAGGAAGGGACAGUGACUCAAGAGGUAGUCAAAGGUCACCCUGAGGCAAAAACAGCAGAUGUAAAAGACAUUGAAGCGCUCCUGAAAUCCUGUGGAGGAAAGAGGGAAAACCCCGAAGACGAGCGCAGCCAAGAAUCCUGGAGUCUGGGUGAUGAUAAGGAGAAGAGACGCGAGAACGAGGAGGAAGAGGAACGGGAGAAGAGGAGCAGCUGGAGGCCCAGAUACCAGCAGAGGAAACACAAACGUGGCGAAGAAGAAGACAACGAGCGCAGCCAGGAGAGUUGGGGUGUAGAGGAGAAGAGAUCAGAGGAAGAAGAGGAGGAAGAAGGUGAAGAUAGAGAGAAGAGGAACUGGAGGCCCGGAAGGUACCACCAAAGAAAACACAAACGAGAUGAGGAACCUCUAGGAGAAGAGAGGGAGGAGCCAGAGGAGGAACGUAGCCAAGAGUCCUGGGAUGUAGACAAAAGGCACGGGAAUGAGGAUGAGGAGGAGAGAUAUAAGCGCAUAUGGAAACCCACACAUCGCUACCACCACAAGAAAAAGCUCCACAAACGCGGUGACGAGCCAACCGAGGAAGAGGAAAAUGGGGAUCGCAGCCAGGAAUCUUGGGGUCUUGAUGAUGAGAGGGACAAGAGGGGCUGGAGACCAGGAAGGUACCACCAGAGGAGACAGAAGCGUGAUGAAGAGCUCUCAGAGGAAGCCAGGGAAGAGCCAGACGAGGAACGCAGCCAGGAAUACUGGGAUUUUGACACCGGAAGAGAUAAGAGGGACUGGAGGCCCGGCAGGUACCACCAGAGGAGACACAAACGUGAUGAAGAGCUCUCAGAGGAAGCCAGGGAAGAGCCAGAUGAGGAACGCAGCCAGGAAUACUGGGACUUCGACACCGGAAGAGAUAAGAGAGACUGGAGGCCCGGCAGGUACCACCAGAGGAGACACAAACGUGACGAGGAGCUCUCCGAAGAAGCCAGGGAAGAGCCGGACGAAGAACGCAGCCAGGAGUACUGGGACUUCGACACUGGAAGAGAUAAGAGAGACUGGAGGCCUGGCAGGUACCACCAGAGGAGACACAAACGUGAUGAGGAGCUCUCAGAGGAAAAGCGAGAGGAGGCAGACGGGGAGCGCAGCCAGGAGUACUGGGGCUUCGACAAAAGACAUGGAAAAGAAGAGGGAGAAAUAGAGAAGCGUGUGUGGAAACCAACACACCGGUACCACCAUAAAAAGAAAUUUCACAAGCGUGGCGGAGGCUCAUCAGAAGAAGAGGACGAACAGAGGGGUGAUUCAGAGGAAUAUGAGGAGGCUGCAAAGGACAGGAACGAAGCUCUGAGGUAUCUGGCAGAGAAGCGCAAUCCCUGGAUUUACAGAGGCUACUACCAUCCUGCCUGGUUUAAAAGGGAUUCAGAUGAACACGCUGCAACCUCCAACAAGAUGGAUGAACUGGCCAAGUUGCUGAGCUACAAGAUAAACCAGCUGGCCAAUCAUUCUAAUCAAGAGGAAGCAAAGAGAAGCACGCACCAGAGACCACUCACCCCGCAGGAGGAGAAAGAGCUGGAGAACCUAGCGGCUAUGGACUUGGAGUUGCAGAAAAUCGCAGCCAAAUUGCAUGACAACAGUGCAUAAGCCAAGAUGAACAGCAUUUCAAGACACUAUCAGCUAUCAGUGGAUUAAAGCUGCUGUCUUAACUGUACGUCUGUCAAUUUAGUGUGCUUACAGUGUUACAAAAAGACAAAAAAAUAACCCUGGAGCCUUGCCAAAAACAUGAAUAUCAACUUGUUUAUCAUCGUAUUUGUGAUAUUUUGAUGUUAUCUGAUUAAUCAGCAUGGGAAUGGUUUUGAUGUUUAUACAUAUAAAGAGAAAAUAUGACAAUAAUAUAUAUCUGAAACAGAUUAUUAAAAUAAUUGUGUUCUAAAGAGUUUGUUCAGUCUGCACUCAAUAAAAGGAGUUAUUCUGGGACCAAACAAA